UCACAAUCAAACAUACCACGGCUCAUUGAAAUGGCAGCGUCAUUUGCUUUCCUCAAGGAUGUUAGGCCAUACAAAACGGCAUGGCGAGUUCAGGUUAAGAUGCUACAUUCAUGGCGUCACUACACCCAAAACACAGGGGAAACAUUAGAGAUGGUACUCAAUGAAUUGAAGAUACACGCUAGCGUGAGGAAGGAUUUGGUGAACCUUUAUGUGAACAGGCUGCAUGUUGAUGACUGGGUUUUCAUUGAAAACUUCGGUCUUAGCUAUGCCACCGGCCAAUUCAGACCAACCAGCCAUCUCUAUAAGAUGGCUUUCAUCCCUGGGACUGUAGUCAUGCAUUGUGACCCCAAAUCUGAUUCUUCCUUUCUGUCGUUGGCAAAGUUUCAGAAGAUACAAAGUGGAGAACUCAAUUCACAUAUGUUGGUUGAUGUAAUUGGCCAGAUAAUAACUAUUGGAGAACUUGAGAACCUCGAGGCUAACAACAAACCAACUUGCAAAAUCGAUUUCGAAAUAAGAGACGAAAAUGAUGAAAGGAUGGCGUGUACUUUGUGGGGAACCUUGGCUGAGCAGGUACAUAGAGCUUGCGAAAAUUCUGAUGGAAGCAAUGUCAUUGUCAUCCUCAGAUUUGUGAAAAUUAAAGCUUACAAGGGUGUAAGGAGUGUAACAAAUUCCUAUGAUACUUCACAAGUGUUUGUCAACUCUCCCUUCCCUGAAGUUGACUCAUUCAGAGAAUCGCUACCUACGGAUGGUUUGGUAUUGGUAUCCCGAGAAAGGCGUCAAGAAUGGAGUUGGUUGUGGUAAACAAUGAGGAUUACCAAGAUGUCCCCAGGAGUACUAUUGAGGAAAUAAAGAAUUCCCUAGAGGUUUAUUAGGGCUAGACUACUAUGUACAAUCUAUGGAAUUGAUACAGACUGGACAUGGUACUACAUAAGUUGUAGGUCAUGCAAUA